GGCUGGAAGAAGAAGAAGAGGGAGCCUUGCCAAAGAUCGCUAGCUAUGAUCGUCCUCCACAUCACAGUGCCAUCAAUCUACCACUACACAGGGCGCUACAAUCCCCCCAAGCAAGCGCGAGGAAUUUCUAGGGUUUUAAUUAGGGUUCUUAGCUCGGCUGCGUCGUCACCGUCGCGCGGCGCGAUGGAGUCCGUGCCGGAGGGCAAGGAUUUCUCGUUUCCCAAGAAGGAGGAGGAGAUUUUGCAGCUGUGGAGCAAGCUCGAUGCGUUCCAGACGCAGCUCAAGCGCAGCGAGGGGCGGCCGGAGUAUGUGUUCUACGAUGGGCCUCCUUUCGCGACGGGAUUGCCGCAUUACGGCCACAUCCUCGCCGGGACGAUCAAGGACAUCGUUACCAGGUACCAGAGCGCUGUGGGAUUUCACGUCACGAGGAGGUUUGGAUGGGAUUGCCACGGUUUGCCUGUGGAGCACGAAGUGGAUGGUUUGCUUGGGAUCAAGCGGAGGGAGGAUGUGAUCCAGGGGAUGGGAAUUGCCGAGUAUAACGAGCAGUGCCGGAGCAUCGUGAUGAGAUAUAGCAGGGAAUGGGAGAAGACGGUGGUGAGAAUGGGACGAUGGAUUGAUUUCGAGAAGGACUAUAAGACGAUGGAUCCGGAGUUCAUGGAGUCAGUCUGGUGGGUGUUCAAGCAAUUGUUUGAGAAAGGCCUUGUUUAUCGUGGCUUCAAGGUGAUGCCAUACAGCACAGCGUGCACGACCCCGCUAUCAAACUUUGAAGCAAACCAAAACUAUAAGGAAGUUGACGAUCCAGCGAUCAUGGUGGCGUUCCCUCUCCUGGAUGAUAGCGAGAAUGCCGCUUUGGUUGCCUGGACGACGACUCCCUGGACGCUUCCCAGUAACAUCGCACUUUGCGUGAAUGCAAGCUUAAACUACGUCAAAGUGAGAAGCAAAUCAACCUCGGCUGUCUAUAUAGUGGCCGAGCCACUGCUUUCUUCUCUGCCCACCGUGAAAGUUAAAGCGGAUAAGGGUAGCAAGAAAGAAAGUCAAAGCGAUUAUGAGAUUCUGAGCAAAUUCCCAGGAUCGGCGUUAGUUGGAAAACGAUACAAACCUUUGUUUAACUAUUUUUUGGAGCUGUCAGAUACUGCAUUCCGUGUGGUUGCAGAUGACUACGUAACUGCAAGCAGUGGCACAGGCGUCGUGCACUGUGCUCCCGCUUUUGGAGAGGACGAUUACCGUGUCUGCAUGGAGGCUGGUAUUAUAGCCAAGGGGGGCGACUUGCCAGAUCCCGUCGAUUUGAAUGGCAACUUCACCGACAAAGUGACGCAUUUUAGUGGAUGUCAUGUAAAAUCUGCUGACAAGGACAUCAUUGCCAUGAUCAAGGCGAUGGGAAGGCUCGUAAAUUCGGGAAGUAUAAGGCACUCUUAUCCUUUUUGCUGGCGAUCAGAGACACCGCUGAUUUACAAAGCUGUUCCAAGCUGGUUUGUGAAGGUCGAGGAGCUCAGAGACCGAUUGCUGCAAAAUACUGCUGAAACGUACUGGGUUCCAGAUUUUGUGAAAGAAAAACGUUUUCAUAAUUGGCUUGAGAAUGCUAGAGAUUGGGCGGUCAGCAGGAGUAGGUUCUGGGGAACACCUUUGCCAAUUUGGGCUAGCAGCGAUGGCGAGGAAUUGGUGGUGGUAGGUUCCAGAAAGGAAUUGGAGGAACUAUCCGGUCAUAAGGCAACUGAUAUUCAUCGGCAUUUUAUUGAUGAUAUAACGAUUCCUUCUAAAACUGGCCGUGGUGUUUUGCACCGAGUUGACGAUGUUUUUGACUGCUGGUUUGAAAGUGGCUCAAUGCCUUACGCUUAUAUUCAUUAUCCUUUCGAAAAUCGCGAGCUUUUCGAUAAGAACUUUCCUGGUCAUUUUGUCGCUGAAGGCCUUGAUCAAACUCGUGGAUGGUUUUACACCUUAAUGGUCUUGUCGACUGCUUUGUUUGACAAGCCUGCCUUCAGAAAUCUAAUUUGCAAUGGCCUUGUUCUUGCUGAAGACGGAAAGAAGAUGAGUAAAAAGUUGAAAAACUAUCCACCUCCCAUGGACGUUGUACACGACUAUGGAGCAGAUGCUCUUCGAUUGUAUCUCAUAAACUCGCCGGUAGUUCGUGCAGAGCCUCUUAAAUUCCGAAAGGAGGGGGUGCAUGCUGUGGUGAGAGAUGUUUUCCUUCCUUGGUACAACGCAUAUCGUUUCCUUGUUCAAAACGCCUUAAGACUGCAAGUGGAGGGUUUUGAUGCUUUUAUUCCACUUGAUGAAAGUAAACUGGAUGGAUCGACAAAUGUGCUGGAUCGGUGGAUAAAUUCUUCUACUCAAAGUCUUGUGAAAUUCGUCAGGGAGGAGAUGGGAGCCUAUCGACUAUACACCGUGGUUCCUUAUCUGCUCAAGUUUAUUGAUAAUCUUACAAACAUUUACGUUCGUUUUAAUCGCAAGAGGUUGAAAGGACGUACUGGAGACCAUGACUGUCGUGUCGCAUUGUCAACGCUGUACAGUGUUCUUUUGACAACAUGCAGAGCUAUGGCUCCAUUUACUCCUUUUUUUACUGAAGUCUUGUACCAAAAUCUGAAAAGAGUUCUUGAAGUUUCCAGCGAGAGCAUUCACUACUGUGAUUUUCCGCAAGUUCAAGGCCAGACUGAUGAGCGCAUUGAACAAAGUGUAUCCCGUAUGAUGACAGUUAUUGAGCUUGCUCGCAAUAUACGCGAGAAACACAAGCUACCUCUGAAGGCCCCUCUCAGGAAAAUGAUCAUUGUGCAUCCGGAUAGGGAGUUCCUUGAGGACUUGACAGAGAAGCUGGGUGAAUAUGUGCGCGAGGAAAUGAACGUGAAGGAGCUUGAGCCUUGCGAUGAUCCUUUCAAGUAUGCGUGCUUGCGAGCAAUUCCAAAUUUCAGUGCUCUUGGCAAAAGGGUUGGAAAAGCCAUGGGCGAAAUCACGGCGGCAGUAAAAGAUUUGAGCCAGGAUGACAUUCUCGAAUUUGAAAAGCGCGGAGAAGCUGUAUUGGCCGGUCAGACUCUUGUGACUGGAGAUUUGAAGAUAGUCAGGGACUUCAAAUUUCCUGAUGGUAUUGCUAAGGAGGAUAUCGAUGCUGGUGGAGAUGGCGAUGUUGUCGUCAUUCUGGAUCUCCGUGGUGAUGAUACCCUCAACGAGGAGGGAAUUGCUCGAGAGGUUGUGAACCGCAUCCAAAAAUUGCGAAAGAAAGCAAAACUGGAGCCGACUGAUGCGGUGGAAGUUUUUAUCAAGAUGGCAGCCGAUUCGGCACUAAGUGGAGUGGUUAAAUCUCAGGCCUCCUACAUUCAGGAGUCACUGGGCUUUCCUCUGCUAUUCUUUGAGCAACUGCCGUCGAAACCACAGGUUGUCAUAGCCGAGGAAGAAUUUUCUGGUGUAUCUGAUGUCGAUUUCAAGCUUGUCAUUUGCACUACAAGAUUGGCAUUCGAUGACACCGCUCUGAUGAAACUUUGUUCCGACAAUCCUGAGCUCGUCGAGAACGUAAAAGCUGUGCUGUUGUCCAGGGACAUGACUCGUCUCAAGGCAGAGCUUCAAGCCAAUAAAAGCAAGCUCCAAGUCCGAUUCGACGGGCAGGAAUACGAUGUGAUUCGAGGCAAGCACUUCCACCUCUCCGUCAGCGAGAGUUUAUCUUCCUAGCGUAAGCGUCGAAUUUAGCACGAAAGUUUUGGCGGAAGCUCACAAUUUUGAGUAGCUCCUAUUUUGUCUUCUCCAUGAUAUUUUGGAGCUUUGCAGGCUCUAAACAUCGAUCGGUUCGAAAAGCUUGACAGUGAAAUGGAAGAAAAAACGAUCGAUCGAAAAUUUUUCUAUCCUUGAAUUUGUGUUAGAAAAAAAUGAUUCAUCCAAUAAUCUAGUGCUGGCCUCCCAUUGGCUGGUUUUGGAUA